UGCCAUUUCAUUAAAGCAGAGGAAUCACGUUCCACUCCACCAUAAUCCAAUGUUAAACUUUUUCAUGAAUUUAUAGUAUCGUAAAAGAUCCCAAUCACUCACCUCUGUCUGUCUCUUUACUUAACUGGCUUUGGCACAAAACUGCUCAAAUUCGAUAGCUAGUAGAAGUUUGGGUUUCACCAAAGAGUUCACUUUCUUCGUCGUUUGAGUUGAAAACAGUUGCUCAAUACACGGAAUCGCGCUGCUCUUUUGUCAUCGUAACAGUUACUGAUCUAGGAUGGCCUUGGUCACAACAGCUGAAGUGUGUGAUACAAACCCACAGCUUAUAGUGAGUGGUGAGCUACGGGCACUCCAUCCAGUUUUCCAGAUUUAUGGUAGGCGGCAAGUGUUCUCCGGCCCAGUUGUUACCCUGAAAGUGUUUGAAGACAAUGUUUUGGUACGAGAGUUUCUUGAGGAGAAGGGGAAUGGGAGGGUUCUUGUUGUUGAUGGAGGUGGUAGUUUGAGAUGCGCGAUAUUGGGUGGUAACCCAGUCGUGCAAGCUCAGAACAAUGGAUGGGCUGGUAUAAUAGUCAACGGCUGCAUAAGGGAUGUGGAUGAAAUCAAUGGUUGUGACAUCGGGGUGAGAGCUCUGGCAUCGCAUCCGAUAAAAGCUAAUAAGAAAGGGGUUGGAGAGAAGCACGUUCCUGUGAACAUUGCUGGGACCAGAAUCUGUGAUGGAGAGUGGAUGUAUGCGGACACUGAUGGCAUUUUGGUCUCUAAAUCAGAGCUGUCGGUUUGACGACAUCUCUCUUCUGCUCGAUCGUUCGGAAUGGUUCUGUGGUAUCCUCUUCAAGAUUAUUCUGAUAUGCACUGUUUGCUACCGUUUAUGAUUCUAUUCUGUCAAGUUCAUGAGGAACUUAUAACCAUAGUCUGUACUGAAAUAUGUAUGCUUUUGUUUUGAACUUGCAUUAUAGUCACUUAUGCCGUAUGCUAUAUUACUUUAUUCUUCGAGUA